UAAAAUAAUUAAAAUAUGCGCCUGUAAGUAUCACAAAAUUCCAUCUGAACCCCCUUUUUGCACACACUGAAGACUCUCCCAUGUUGUCGUUAGCAUGCUUCGCUCCGCCUCGAAAAACAACCCACCCGUGUUCGUGUCCGUGUCGUCGUCUCUAUUCUCGAAACCCUCUUUUUGUUUAUUACUGAUUGGAUCCUAGUAAUUUUGUUCUGUCCUUUUGUGUGUUUACGUUAGAAUGUGACAAAAUAAGACUACAAAGUAGAAGAACAAUGGAAGAAGCAUGAGUAGGACUGACAUAUUACCUGAAUUUUUCAGUCUUCUAAUUCCAAAUGGCCCAAUUCAUAUGGGUUAUUCUCGUGCAUUAUUUUUCAGUUUAAUAAUUUUGGGCAUCUUUUUGUUAUCUCAACUUCUAUUUUGUAUGACUAAUUACUCUAAUGCAAGGAAGAAAAUUACAAAUUUAUGCUUGUUUGUAUUUUCUUUCUUUGCUGGCAUAUGGAUUAGUAUCGACAUUAUCGAUGAGGUUUGGAAUCUUUUGGAUUAACACGUCUCAAAAAAGGAGAUUAAAAGCAUUAAUAGAAAGUUAACUGUAGAUAAGAGGAGAGUAAAAGAGUGGAUUUUGAUGCAUUGAAUGAUUUAUUUUCGGCAAAAACGAAGCUUAAAUUGGGCGUUAAGAAGCAAAUGGGGUUAUUAGCUUCUGAAGACAUAAACUUGAACAAGACAAGUUUGAGAAUGGAGAAGAACGGAACAAUGAAGAAAGCUAACAAUGCUUCAUUUGGGGGCUGUAGAAUUUUGAAGUAUCUGUGCAUGUCACCAAAGUCUAAAGUUGAUCAUGGCUCUAGCAGAACUUCUGAUGGGACCACCAGAGAUCCGCCUGUUGCUCCAACUUUGUUUUCUUCAACAACCAGUGAUGUCGAAUCAUCUACUCCAACCACUCCUAAUAGAGGCUGGGAACUGGAAAUCGCUUCCCAGCUUCGAAACUUUGCUUUCAGUGAGCUGAAGUUGGCAACAAGGAACUUCAAACCUGAAAGUCUUCUUGGAGUGGGCGGCUUUGGCCCUGUUUACAAAGGGUGGAUCAAUGAGAAUGGAAGUUCACCAGUGAAACCAGGCACUGGACUUCCUGUUGCAGUAAAGACUCUCAAUAAAAAUGGACUUCAGGGUCAUAAAGAGUGGCUCGCUGAAGUAAACUUUCUUGGCAAUCUCCACCAUCAGAAUUUGGUUAAAUUAGUAGGUUAUUGCAUGGAAGACGAUCAGAGGCUGCUCGUCUAUGAGUUUAUGGCUCGUGGAAGUUUGGAGAACCACUUAUUCAGAAGGUCCAUGCCUCUUCCUUGGUGCGUCAGGAUGAAAAUAGCAUUAGGGGCAGCACAGGGCCUUGCCUAUCUUCAUGAAGAAGCUGAAAAACCAGUUAUAUAUCGAGAUUUUAAAGCAUCGAACGUCCUAUUAGAUGCGAACUACAACACAAAGCUUUCAGACUUUGGGCUGGCCAGAGAUGGCCCUGAGGGCGACAAGACACAUGUUUCAACCCGUGUAAUGGGCACAUAUGGCUAUGCUGCUCCAGAGUAUGUGAUGACUGGACAUCUCUCAAUGAAAAGUGAUGUCUAUAGCUUUGGAGUGGUUUUCCUUGAGAUACUGACUGGCCGAAGAGCCAUGGACAAGAGCAGGCCAAGAGGUGAACAUAACUUAGUGGCAUGGGCAAAACCAUUUCUUUCAGAUAGGCAUCAGUUUUGUCAGAUUAUAGAUCCUCGUCUCGAAGGCCACUUCUCAAAGAGAGGAGCAUUUAGGUCUACUGAGAUUGCAGCGCGCUGUCUUAGAAGGAGUGCCAAAAACAGACCUCAUAUGAGUGAAGUCGUUGAAAUGCUGAAGCCUCUGCCUUUACUGAAAGACAUUGCCAAAUUUCCUGAAGUGCAAGUUAAAGAUGUUGUCAACAUAAAUGACAAGAAUGGCAAUAAAGUGCAAGCUGGGGUUGUAGCAAAGAGUAAUGCAGCUCAGAGCCUCUCUUCACCAAAUGGUUCAUAUGCCUCACCAUCUAACUAUACCCUCACUUACCAACCAUAAAAAGUUAACUAUGUUAUCAGAGAAGCAACUUAGCGUUUGCUGUUUACUGGUUUCUUCUCAGCCUAGUCGUGCUGAUGAAAAGACUUUAUAGUAUGCUGGAAGCAGAAGGGGAAACUUUAAGUGCAUCCUUAAAGAAGAAACUUUAUUUGAUGCAACCUGUAAAUUAUUAUGCUUCCUUAUCUUUCAACUGAGACUUCUUAAAUGGAGAUUAGACUUUUGUUUUGAAA